UGUACACUAUACAUUCCUAAUAUUCAGUCUUUGAGUCUGUUUUGAAAAGUAAAAUAUCUGAAACAUGAAUGACGGACAUAUGAAUAAUAUCACAAAUAAAACUCGUUCAUUGUUAUUUUCAUCUAACGAUGCUAUAACCUGGGAUAAGAUACUUGUGGCCAUUGUUUUAUACGUCAUUACAGUUUUAACUAUAUUUGGAAAUGUGCUUGUGUUGAUAGCUGUAAAAAUGAAUAAAAAGUUGCAGACGACUUUUAAUUAUUAUAUAGUAAAUUUGGCGAUUACUGACGUAGCUGUUGCCGUGACUGCGAUGAGUUUUAUGGCUACACAUACUGUCCUAGGGUAUUGGCCAUUUGGAGAAGCUCUAUGUGCUCUUUGGAUAUUUUUCGACUACGGUAUGACAUUUGUGUCGGUGUUCACUUUAAACAUGAUAUCAGUGGACAGGUUUUGGAGCGUGAAAUGGAGUGUUCACUACAGACAACAUCAUACAAAACGGAAAUGUAUCAUCUCAAUUGUAUUUGUUUGGGUGUUCAUGCUAGUCCUGUGGGUUCCGCCAUGGUUGAUGGAUCGAUUGAGAAACAGCAAACCUGGUGAAUGCUUCUGGGACCCAUCUUUAAACAAGGAAUUUGUUUUUAUCGUCGCAUUACUUGGACACCACGCCCCAUUUUGCAUAAUGAUUUUAAGUUACACCCACGUGUUCCUGUUCAUGCGAACAAGAUCAAAAGUUGUUGAUGUUGUACGUCCCCAUGCACAAGCAACUGGAAAUAAUGAAAGUAUAGCGAAUAGUAAAAGUGCAACAAAAGAUUCACCAUCUGAAGUGCCAGCAAGCCAUUUAAAGGUUAAACCUGAUAAAAAUUAUUCACCACCAGCACAAUCAUUUUAUAACAAUGCACAAAGUACACAUGAAGGUCCUUCAGUUUCUGUUGUUCAAGUUCAAAAUACAGCUGCUUGUGGCAAUGAGGUACAAACUGCACGUGAAAGUCGGUUUACACGUGACAAGAAAGUAUUCGUUACUUUGACCUAUAUUAUCAUUGGAUAUGCGAUACUGUGGUUGCCUUUUCAUAUCAUUUUUGAUAUAGGAAUCGCGCAUCCUGGUUUGGUGCCGGAGGGAGUUUUGAACACAGCUUUCUGGAUGACAUAUUUUAACUCCACAAUAAACCCCAUAUUGUACAAUUUUAGUAGCUCCGAAUUCAAAAUGACAUUCCGAAAAAUAUUGACAUUCAAAAAGUGGUAAACAUUUGAAUUGAAAUAAACUGCUAACAUACAGAAAUCAACACAAAAAAACACAACAAAAAAACCACAAACAAACCCGUUUUAAAAUAUGUAUCAUUUAAAGUACACGUCAUUGAUACAAUUGGAAAUCGUUUUCAGUUUUGCCGAACGAAAUAAUAGAGGAACUAAAAAGAAGAC